AUGUCGCGCCGUGUCUUUGCGCGGAACAUGGGCGGCGAGAUCUCGUCAACGUGGCGGGGUGGCGGUUCAGAGGCCAAUACGAUGGGUGUCAAUGUUGUCACGUUCGGUGCCACUGGGAUUUUAGGCAUGCAUGUUCACCAUCUUUGCUGUUAUCAUGGGUUCACCAGCAUAUUGCCGUUUCGUUUCCGUGCAGGUCUUGCCAGUGGCGUGCGAGUUCUUCGUAUGGCUGGCGACGGCACUGUCGGACAGAACUUCGACACGGACUAUGAGAUCGACAAGGAGUUUGUGGUGAAGUCCAUAUUAGAGAAAGUUGACAAUGUCAUAAAUGUUGUUGGCGCAUGGCAGGAGCCGGCUGUGUACGAGAAUAGCCAGUCGUGGUUCUCAAUGGAGGCGAUCAAUGUGGAGUGGCCACGUAUGCUGGCGCGGUGGUGUCGUGAGAUGGGUAUUCUCCGCCUAACCCACAUGUCGAUGGUUGGCGCAGAUUUAAACAGUCCGUCAAAGCUGCUCCGACAGAAGCGUGAGGCAGAAAUUGCGGUGCUCGAAGAAUUUCCCACGGCCACUAUCAUUCGCGGGACCGAUAUUUUUUCUGAGAACGAUUUCAGUUACUCGAAGUACCUCAAGGCCGAGCGUUACCUGAAGAUUGUUCCGGUACCAAAUCGCGGGCAACGAAUCCACCAGCCUGUGUUUGCCGGUGAUCUAGCAGAGGCUGCAUGCCGUUCCCUUCUCCUAGACCAUACAGAGGGACGCAUCGCGGAGUUGGGCGGACCCGUGCGAUUCACAACAAACGAUUUGCUACGCUGGUGCUCCGAGUGCAACGGUCACUUGCACCUUACAUGGCACAUGCCAACAUGGAUGUGGCGCAUUGGGUGCGCGUUGAAUGAGCGUCUUCCGGUUCAUCAGGGUUUUGCCUUGGGUACACGGGCACCAGCAUGGAAUAAAGACUGGCUUGAUCGACAGUUCGUUGACAACUGUGCCACCCCGGAGCGUGAUCCAGAGAUGUUGGACUGGGAAGACUUUGGUAUUCCUCGAGAGGACCUUUACAGAAUGGAGGAGAAGUAUUUUAUCACUUCUACAAUGUGGUCGAUGGAUUCGCCAUACUUGGAUCUCGCAACUCGCAUGUAG